ACUGUGCAAUUAAAAACGUCUUUUUCAUGUUUGUCAUUUUCCCUGCAAACGGGGCUUUCAAAUGUCUUCUGAAGAAAGUAUUAAAGAUCCUGUUUGUGCUAACGAACUUAUUCAGGAUGACUGUGAAAAAGUGGUUGAAAAUUUUAACUGUGUUCAAUUGAAAGGUAACGAAACGAGUUAUUCGUUUUUAAGCCGCGUAAAUGAUGGCUUCAGGAAUACGAGUUGCAGUGAAAUUGUUUCAGGCGUUGUGGAUCUAUCGAGUUUUAGUUUGUGUAACACUUCUCACUUACAAAUAGGAACUAUAGACCAGUUAAGACCUAAUAAUGCUGAAGAUUGGCUUAGGUUGACCACGGACGUGAAUUUAGAAGAGUACGGAAUCACGAAGACGGAAGCUGGUUGUCACUUUUCACCGGGAGUUAUUUCUCAUGAUUUUGUUUCGUCUAAACGUAAUGAAGUUGAUAUGUGUAUAAAUAAUGACGAGAGUGCUUCAGAACUUGAUUUGCACGUACCAGAAAAUAAUUCUGGGUGUGAAAAAAAUAAAUUCAGUAAUUUAAGUGAAUUUUUAUUUAGGACUAGUGAUAAUGGCAGCAGUACACUUCUAAACGGUUUUACUGAAAGUGACUCUUUUUUAAAUUAUUUAGAAAAAACCGAUAUUUUAGGUAAAGAUGUGCUGCUUGAAAAUGUGGCUUCAACAGAUGCGAAUAAACUUACAGAAUCAACGUCCAACUUCGACUCUGCCUCAAGUAAUAUGGAAUACUCAUUAACAGACAUUUGCCCAUCUCUUGAAAAACAUGCAGAGGAAUCUGACUUGAAUAUUCCACAGUCAGAAUUAGAAAUUGACAAGGAUGCUACUCCUUGGGAACACUUAUACAUUAAUAAACACACUGAUGAGUCAGUUAGGGAAACUGAUUAUCCCGAGUUUAACCUUUUAACUUUUCAUGUUGAACUUUGUGAUAGUCUGUCACUACAGGAUGAUAAUGUGGGUGUGACUAAGGUUCUGGAAAAAGGUCAGAAGUGUGAUGUUAGUGACAAGCAGCAGAUUUGUGAUGAACCACAUUCUGUAGAAAUUCCACCAGAAGUCCAAACAGCAGCAGUGAAGGUUGUAGAUAGUGAACCUAGAAAAAAUUCUGGAGUAGCUCAGUCACUACCUUGCAUCUUGAAAACAAAAACCAAAGUUGCAGUUCCAAACCCUAGAAGCAUCUUGAAAACUGCACAGACUGUCAACGACCCGAAAAUUUCUUCUAUAUUUAAGCCUUCCACGACCCCUAAAUGUGCGAUUCAAAACAGUGUAGCCAAAAUGGAAACUAACGAUAGUAGUGGUAAGAAACCAGACACCAAAGGUAUGGCAUUUGUAGCUAUUUCUACUGAUAAGUAUAAAAAUACAACAGAAAUUGUAAUAAAUACUGCUAGAGGAGAGCAGGUACUGAAAGGAAAAACGUCUGAUCUCAUGAAGGCAACGUCAAACCUUUGGGUCAAACUGGAAAAAAUAAGUAACAAUAAUACAGAACAGACACUAACAAUCAGCACAGUGAAGGAAGAUGUUAAGCAGACAACCUUAACCAGAGAUAAGAAAACACACAAUGGAAAGAAUGGCGUUCGUCGUCUGGUAAUGGGGCAAGAUGUGUGUAUAAACUUCCAGGGCAGCUCUGGCAGUGAGGAAGGGGCUGAGGAGAGGCCCCCGCUGGAUGCGCUGAAGGAACACAACCUCCCGAUGGAGUACACCUCGUGCAUGAUCUCGGACACCAAGUACUGGCUCUGCCCCAUCGACGACUGCCGGAGGGUGUACCCUCGCAAGAGCAUGGUCCGCAUUCACGUGCUCAGCCACUACGGCAUCCGGCCGUUCCGGUGUGACGUGGAUGGUUGCCAGUGGUCAUUCUAUUCAUAUUUUAAACUGAAACGGCACAAAGAAACUCACCUUAAGAAGAAAGAUUUCCAGUGCGAGCGACCGGAGUGCGGGAAGAAGUUCACGACGGUCUACAACCUGCACGCCCACCAGAAGCUGCACUGCCGGCCGGCCAAGGUGGCGUGCCAGGUGGAGGGCUGCGCAGCGAGCUUCCAGACCCGGCGCGGCCUGGAGCAGCACAUGAAGAGCCACGACAUCCGGCACGCCCCCUUCAGGUGUCCGUUCAAGGGCUGCACGAAGCGGUACUUCGCGGCCAACAUCCUGACCUCGCACAUGCGCUGCCACCAGCACAAGGAGGAGGAGCUGCGCUGCCAGUGGGACGGCUGCAACAAGCUGUUCGACAAGCCGUGCCGCCUGCGCGCCCACACGCGCGUGCACACCGGCGACAAGCCCUACCUCUGCAACCAUCAGGGCUGCGGAGGGGCGUUCCAGACGUCCAGCAAGCUGAAGAGGCACCAGGCCAAGCACAGCAACCUCCGCAAGUACAGCUGCACCGUGGAAGGGUGCUCCAAGUCGUUCUACCGGGGGGAGCACAUGAAGGAACACGCCCUCACGCAUGUCGGCCAUCGCAUCUUCAAGUGCCCCAUGGAAAACUGCAGCGUGACCUUCACGGCUCGCAGCAGCCUGUACGUGCACAUGAAGAAGCACGACAAGAGGGCGCCGGGGGCCGGCCCAGCGAGCCACCGCUGCCCGGUCGACCGCUGCGAGAAGGCCUUCGGCUCCCGGGCCGGCCUGCGCCAACACGUGCUCGCGGAGCACGGCCCCACCUCCGCUUCUGAUUCCAACCAGUUGGAUUACAUUUCAUUGCUGACGGAUAGCAACGACCUUGGCAACACAGAGGGUUUGCAACUCUUCGGAGAUGCCACACAGCUUACAGGUGCGGCAGGCUCACCCAACACCACGAGUGUCACGCCACAGUCCGUGGGCGCGACCAACACGGCGAACGCAGAACUGCCGGCUUCACGGGAGGUGGCCUUACAGCUGGGGACUGCCAGCUUCGUCAUUCCUCAGCCAGACCAUCAGGCGCGGGCGGACGAGCGGGGGGAUGCCACCGAGGACGCCACGUGCCGGGCUGCCCGCACGCACGUCACGCUGGGCGACGUGGUGCGCGAGAAGCAGCGCGCGGAGCCGCCCUCGUCGCUCGGGCUGGAGGACGACGUGGCGCUGGGCUCUGGGCAGGAGCCCGCCGCCGGCUUCAUGGUGCAGCAGUGUUGUGAUGAGAGAUUCAACAUGUCUGUGGACUUGCAGACUCUAUGGCUACAGAUCUUCCGUAGCAAGCCAAUCGUCCAGAUGCCCCUAGGAGUAAAUGAAAUGCGUGUUGAUUCCAACAAUGAACUUUUCAUAAUAUGUUAAAAUACAGUAAAACCUCAAUAUACUAACAAACAUGAAGGGACUGAUUUUGGGUGUGUUUGUUAUAGUGAGGUUUCUUUAUAACGAGGUGAAUUCAAACCUAACAUCUUAUAUGUACUACAAAAAUAAAUAGCUGUAUAGUUAAUAGCGUUGAAUUUGCGAUGCUUAGGGCAGCUGCAGUCAGGUGAGUAAAAUCUAAGCAGAAUCUUAGCAGGUUUAUCAGUUGGCAAAAUACAGCGAAACCCCUUAUUUACGUUACCGUUAUUUACGUUUUCCCGUUAUUUGCACUAUAUUCUUCAGGUCCCGUUUGGUUCCCAUAUAGUCCAAUACAAUACUUUCCCGCGAAUUACGUCUCAAAAAUCGAAUCAAUCCCGCUAUUUACGUCACGAACAACCAUAAACAACCAGAAAAUACCGUGGAGCUAGUAGGCAAUGAACAUUUUAAAUAGCAAAAUAUACAUAUUUUAUAACAUGAAAAGUUGCUUUUAUUUCUAAACAUGUAAUAAUUUAAGCCUAGGCGUGUAAAAGUACGAGUAAUUAUAGCAGGAGACAAUCUAAAAUGCACGAGGGAAAAACGUAAACUCAUGAAUGUACAAACAUGGCUGCUUGUAAGUUCUGAUACUGUAUUUAUGUCACAACUUAGCCGAAAUACUGGUACGAGACAUAAACUUCACAAGAUAAAAUGAGCGGUGUCUUGGUAACUGUUUUAUACGUCUUUUAUAAUUUGGGAAGUAUUGUACAGUUGACGCCAUAUUUUUUAAACUAACCAUUUAUUUCUGGGGAUCGUAAAUAAUUAAUUAUUGGUAUCAAGACAUCAUGAUAAACGUAAACUUGAACAUGUCACGGCAGCGAGAAAACUGGUGCGUAUACCAAUAAACUGGUAUUAGAACUGGAUAAAAUUGGUACACGGGAGGUGGAGCUUAUAUUUUUUUCCGCUAAGCUCGCAUCUAUUGGUUGGCGGCUGAUGGCGUCAUGAGUCUGGGCGGAGCAUAGAGUGCGCAUGCGCCGCCGCGUCGUUACAGCAGCUGACCGAGUACAAUGACCUUUCUCCGCGUUUGGCGCGCUAUUGACGGUAAAUAUUCAUCAAUUUGCGGCCUUUUCUUAAAAAAUUUUUUACUGUGAGCAAUGUGUAUGUAGCCCGUAUUUGUUAUAAACCCUGCCGGUUGCAACUGUAUUUAUAAUUUGGAGAGGCAAAUAAUCUCCUUGAACAGCCAAAAAAGCAAGCAGAAGAAAAUUUCAAAUUUAUUUUUUAGGAAGUAAUCAGAAAAACAUUUUGGCUUUCAUUCUUUUUUUAUUUUUGUCAAAUGUGGUAAAUUAAUAAUUGAUUAAAUACUAAAGUAAAAUUUGUUGUUAGUGUGUUUGUACCUGCAUUGUAGUAUGUGCUAUUAAACAAAAGGAAAAAAAUUCUAAAUAAGGUAAACUGUACUCCUUUUUAUGCUUUUCCCUUUAUUUACACUUUCCCGCUUUUUACACUUUUUUACUUUGUCCCCAUGAAAAGUGCAAAUAAGGGGUUUUGCUGUACUUCACUUUGCCUCAAGUCACGACUGUACAAGUCUGCUUAAAUCUUUUGGAAAGGUUGAAAUUUUUGCCUCACUGAUUAACAGCAUACAGAAUUGUCAGUUUCGUGGUAAAAUGUACUGUGUUUUUUUUUUUUUUUUAACACACGCAGAGUAAUAUGACACAUUAAAUGACACAUUACAGAGAUGUAAACUUUAUUUUAACAUUUCUGAAAGGCAGGUUUGUUUACGUUCUGAAAACAAUAAAUACAUCACCGAAAGUUAAGUCUUGUCAUAAACGAUUGCACAUGGUUUUUUCCAACCACCUAAUUUGUAAGUAAACAAAAUUAAUCCAUAUAAACUAACCUCCAAAAGAGAAAAUAAGUAACAUUUCUUUUAUCAUGAUUUUGGAAACAUCUUUUAAACUCCCGCAAAUUUUAGUUAUGUAACACUUGUGCAGAAUCUAAAUUGCAUUAAGUAUUCACUAUAACGAUGACGUCGUCCAGGACUACGCCCCUCCUAAGCCCGAUGUGACCCGUCCAAGGCAGCACCCCUCUCCCCCCACCAGCACCCUCUAUUUCAAACGUCCCGCCGACGGCGAGCGUGUGUAGGUGAGUGUGUGUGUGUUGCGGCCAUACAAGAGGCCAGUAAUUAGAGUCGGUGCGGCUUCCCCGUAAAUCCUAAUUAUUAAAUAAGAAUUGUCAACCUUUAUUUUAUCUUUUAAUUCCCAAGGGUCGUAUGUUUGCAGGUCCAUUUUUCUAAACAGACGUUACAGCGCCACAAGCGACCGCUAAGAGAACUACCAAAUUAACUUUUCAUUAUUGUAAUUCUUUUAUUUAGCUUUGUUAAUUAGGUGGAAGGAGCAGAGGCAGUAACUUAAUUAAUACUGGUUUACUAAAUGUUUAUUCACAUUUCAUUGUAAGUAAAAACGUAAAUUGAACAGCUAACGGUAACGGGAGCGGAAGGAGGCGCCAUGACAUCCCCUAGCCAGGUAGUCUAAUCUUGGAACCGCCCGGAGUAGGACGCGUGCUGUACCUCGUCGCCUUCAAUACUUGGUAAGAACUGAUCAUUUAGCAUCCGGCCGUGUAAUAAUUUUUCUGAAUCGCUUUUAACCGCUUCGAGGCCUACUCCGGGUGGAAGACUCUUUAACGUAAAUAUUUUUUCCGCUCAGACGGACUUUUGAAAUCGACUGCGUUGCGAAUCGUAGGUCAGGCCACGAGGUGACCUGGCCCUCCUCUAAGCUGAUUCAUGCCGUUGGCUUUUUAACCGCUUAAUAAGUAAAUAUGUAAGAGGAGGGAGUGAAUAAAACUCGGGUGCAUUGAA